CUACAAUCUUAGCCCUUUAAAAGUGUGUUUGCACCAUCAGCUGUGGUGAGUUGUGCUACCAGAUGGUAGACUUUUGGUGUUUGUGACACAUGGCUCUGAGUGAAGCCACGGCCAGAUAGCCCAGCCCAAGAUAAUUGGAAUUUCAUUAAGGUUUUGUUUGUGUGUGUGUGUGUGCGCUGAGUGUGCGUUCAUAUGCCUAAGUGUGUGUGAGAGAGUGGGUGUGGGUGUUUAUGAGUCUGCAUGGGUGUGUUUCUCUAUAUGCAAUAUUGAGGAUGGAGGGAGAGGGGGGGGGGGGACUCCACCUGCUGCCACCUGUUCAUCUGUUCAUCUGCUCCGUCUUAUAAAAGCUGCUCCCUCACUGUCUCCAGGAUCACAGACACCUUGGACUCUUCAGGCUGUCCACUAUCUGGACUUAUAAAUAUCUGAAACACAUCUUGGACCUCAGCCCGGCUUUAACAUUGAGGAGACCUCUGAUGAACCCUGAAGCUGAACCCGGAAACUUCCUCUUGACACGCGGCUCUAGUCUUUCUGACCUGAGGACACACACUGGUUUGAUUCUUCAACCAACAAUCAUGAAGUCUCGGCGACCCAGCUGCAUCGACUCCGGAUCCGAGUCCUCAGAACCGGACUCCCAGAGCCCAGAGAAAUAUGAGACUGUCACGAGGCGACGGAUGGCUGCCAACGCCAGAGAGAGGAAGAGGAUGGAGGGUUUGAACACAGCCUUUGAUCGCUUACGUAAAGUGGUCCCCCAGUGGGGCCAGGACAAAAAGCUGUCCAAGUAUGAAACCCUGCAGAUGGCCCUCAGCUACAUCAUGGCCCUCAACCGGAUCCUGACAGACGCCAGGAGACGCAACGCUCCUCACAGUCAGUGGCUGGACCUGCAGUUUGACUGCGUGCAGCCUGAAAACUACCCGUGCCUCCUGAGGUAUGACUCUCCCACUGAGCAGGACUACAUCAACUCGUCGUUCCCAUAUCAGUUCGACGGCCAUCAGGUCCACGCAUAAAAUGCUGCCACUUGGUAGAUAAUCAGUCAUGUUGUUGGAUGUGAGUGACAAUGUGAAUAUUUCUCCUUCAAUCCAGGAGACAGUAAAUACAUUUGUAUUGCAUUAUUUUCUUUUUGUAUUUAUCUAGUUUUUGUAUGACAAUCAGAAAGACUUCUAUUUCAGUUUGAAGUCUUUUUUUUUAAUAAUUUUUGCUAGGAAAUGUUGAGCAUUUUUUGUUCAAAGUAUAGCAAUGACAGAAAUGUAGCCUCAUUAUAAUUAUCACUAGAUUGUACUGAAGAUACAAUGGUGUAUUUUUUUUAUCAGUUAUUUUGAUAUGGCCCUAAAAUGUUGUGCAAUGUUCAAUGGAUUCUGAGAAAAUCAUUGUGGUCUUAGUUGCAUAGUUAAAUUCAACAUGUAACUAUUUUGUCAAAGUGUAAGUACGCGUUUGUAGAGUUGAAAAAUAGAUGUUAUUUUUCACAU